GUAAACGAGCCCGAUGGGCCCGGUACUCUCGGACGGCACUAAACGCUGCGGGAGCUCGCCUGGCAACGAAGGAUCUUUCUUCGGGACGCAAGCAGAGGGCGAAAGAGAGGAGACCCCGUGUCUCGCAAAAGAAAUAACUCGGAGAGCGCGAACAGCAAAAGACGAAGAGAGCACGAAGCAUGCCCAGGCGGCGGCGGUCUUGACAGAUAACGGAACGCACUCCGGGAGGAGAAGCUAUAACAGCGGCAGAAGCAGCAUCAGCAGCCUAUGCACCAAGGAGGUUGGCCAAACGAUAAGCUCAACGACACCACCAAGAUGCCCAAAAGAGGAGAUGGUACAGCUCGAAGUAAGCGAGGAAAGGACGACUGAAUCCGACUCAACUAUACGUUUCGACAACUGCUUCUGUAUGUCUCGUUUUUUUUUUUUUUUCCCCUCUGGUAUGGAGCGUCAGCCGGGCUCUUCGACCUGUGACGGCCGUUUUAUCUGGGCUUCCCCACCCCGUGGUUCGUGGCAACCUUUAACGACAACCAAGGUGAUUGCGCACAACUCCUUUGCGAAGAUCAGAACGUGAAAUGACUGCACCUUGGUGUACGUCGUGAGAAAAUAAGAAAAAACGAAACAGAGAAGUUACUUCGGUCAGGGAGCGCAACCAACAGCCAGAAACACAAGACUCGCGAGCAGCAGAAGCCACGAAGUUUCGCACGAUGGCAAAUAUUAACCUGAGGGAGCUGCCAAUGAAGGCGCACUACUUCUUCUACUACGGCGCCCUUUCUGGCUUCCUGCCCUUUAUCGGCGUCCUGAUCAAGGACCGCGGAGUGUCUGCCGUCGAAGUGGGCCUUAUCUACACCGUGGCACCCUUCUUCUCGGCGGCUUCAAAACCCAUCUUCGGCGCUAUCGUCGACCACUCGAAGCAGAUCAAGGUCGUCAUCCUCUCCUUCCUUCUCUGCGUCUUGACAACGUUCGCUGCGAUAAACUUCCUACCGGCCGUCGCUGAAAGGGUGACAGAAGGCGAAGGUUCCACUCACAACCUGUCAAUAUCUGUCACACCCGAGGACAUUACGACUAGAUCUCGUGUAAUAUACCUGCCCGAGCUAAAUUUGACACCGCCAGCUCUACUAGACCUCUCUUGUAACUUGACCUGCGUCCAUGAAGGUAAUCAAUCUGUAAACAGCGUGCAGUCCCAAAGCGUACGAGUGCACGGAAACGUCAGCGAAGCAAACAUAACGUUAAGCUUCCCUCCCAGAGAACUUGAAAAUGUCUCCGGAGCUUGUACCGUUUUUUGUCCUUUGACGGACCGCGGUCCACAACCUGCGUCGGGGUCUGUCCUCGCGACGGCGCUGUUCUGGCUGUACUGCAUCUUCGUGACGGUCAACUACGCGGCCAUCGGCUGCGCGAACUCUCUGACGGACACCGGCUGCUUCGAGCUCCUGGAAAGCGAGGGCGUUGACUCCAAAAGUCGAUUCGGCUUGCACAGGCUGUGGGGUACAGUGGGAUGGGGCAUAUUCGCGGCCGGAAGCGGAUACCUCAUCGAUGGCCUCAAGGGGAUCGGCGGCGCCUCGUCGCCCACAGACUAUUCGGCAGGCUUCUACUUGGCUGCCGCGCUGAUGUUAGUUGAUGCCGUGUGCGUCUGCAUCUGCGACAUCAGGAAAAGCAAGAGCACUGAAAACAUUGCCAAGGAUGUGUCCCGGCUUGUCUACAAGGACAGCCGGGUGUGGUUUCUCCUCCUGGACGCCACUAUCGGGGGAGUGUUUGUGGGCAUCGUGUGGCAGUACCACUUCUGGUACCUGGACAACCUCGGCGCCUCCUCAGCGCUGAUGGGUGCGUCUGUAGCAGUGCGGAGCUUCGCCGAACUUCCGGUAUUUGUGUGCGCAGGUUGGGCCAUUGGCAAGACGGGACACGUGCUCAUUCUACGUGCCGCUCUUGUCUCGAUGGCGGUCUCCUUCGCACUGUACUCAAUUAUCAUUAACCCUUGGGUGACCCUUUUCGUGGAGCUACUGCUCGGACUGGCACUGGGAGCCUUCUUCACGGCGAUUCCUUCUUACGCCGAAGAAGUGGCGCCACCCGGAACCGAGGCCACAACCAUGGGACUCGUGAUGGGCUUCUUCGAAGGCAUCGGAACUGCGCUAGGUGGCAUGGUGGGUGGUGCUGGCUUCGAGUGGUUGGGCGGUGCUUCCACCUUCCAGCUGGUGGCGGUGGCUGGCUUCGCCUGGUGCGUGCUGGCUUACGCUCUGGACGCUUCGCUCGCCUACCUCGCCGGAGCAGGCAAACGCGGCCGCUCAGCGACAGCCAAGAGAAGAGGUGCCGCCCCUCCGUCGGAAGUUGGUUCCAGCAGCGGUGUUUUAUCAGCGGAAAAUAGAACGUAUGCCUACACUUCCGUCCAAACAAACGUGUGACACUGACGCCAAAUGCUCGGAGUGAUCGGCGAUCAUUUUGCAAAGGGCGAUAAUAUGCCUCUUGCACAAAAACAAAGAACCGUAGUGUUCCCAUGUGGUCCGCGAACAGCGACAUGUGCGAUGGCACAGGCACAGACUGCAUUGUCCAUAUUCUUGACUAAUGGUUAGAGCCAGACAAGCGCAAUGCGCCGCCCCACGCCCAUCAUGACCCUGUCGGACAACAUCCCUGCGACGCUCUUGCAGGUCUGCAGGACUGCUGAAUUUUUUUUACACAGCUAUAACAACGACUAUGGAUAAACGAGGCACAGUUUCGGAAGCAAAUUGCAGAAACUCGCGGACUUCGUGCACUUGGGAGAAAUGCCAUGUCAUGCCCUGCGAAUCUCAAUUUCAAUCAAAAUUCCUUCAUUCACACUGAACCGUGUGCCACUGGGUGGGCUGUAUAUCGGAUGGACUAGAUGUCACUUUCAGCUCAAUUAAGGAGCACGGCCCUGCUUGCUCCAUUUGUAUGUGCCUUCAAGCCAGACCACGGUACGAUGUAACACCAUCUUCACAGGUUGCGAUCCCACACUUGUCUACAAAAAAAGUAGGAGACGCGAGCUGCAAGCUCUGCAAGCACGAACACGCAUACAUAGCACACAUAUUAUGGAAAUGCACAGAUAUCAGAUCAAUAUAUGUAGAGGACAGCAUAGAACCGGACCUUCUCGAGGAGCGAUGGCUAAGCGCUAUGACUAGCUCGGAACUACACGACCAACUAUGGUUUAUCCAGCGGGCCCGGGCAGCGGUGGAAAGGCUAUGCCUCACCUCACAUAAUGCCCGGGUGGCCUCAGCCCGGGCUGGCAACCUCGCAGGUCCUUGCCCCAUUAAAGUUUUUCCCGUGCGAGAGAAAAAGCAACCUGCAUCUAAUACCCACAGAUAUGUUGAUG